CCCCCACCAACCAACCAGUGAUAGUGUGCUUUCAGGACCCGUUCAGAACGGGGGGGAAACCCCUGUGAAAUGAUUGAUGAAGCCGCGGCCAGAUGAGUGCCUGUCCUCAGUGCUCACACACACACAACACAAAACGAGAAACAAAUAAUUAUAAAUUUAUGCCAGAAUUAAUUUGAUUGUGUCUGUGGCGAAAGUUGUUAGUUGUUCAACCCCAAAGAGGAGAGCGGAGAGGGGAGGUGAACCACCCCCAGGAAAAGCUCAUCGCGCCAAGUUCUGCCGGGGUGGGGAUUGGGGCCGUGAAUUAGUGAAAGUGCUGUUACUGCUCCGCCGCCACAAAUGGUGAACUCAUCGAAAAUGAGCUGGAACUUGUGCUGGCUGUCGCUGACGGUGCUGGUGCUGUUGCUCCAGCAGCUGCCGGCCACCCUUGGAUACUUCGACCUGUUUCUGAACCACUCAGAAGUAAUAAAAUUAAUGGGCAUCGAGGUGGAUCUGUUCUACGUCCGCGACGGGGCCAUUAACGACUACGCCAUGAGCUUCGUGAUUCCGAUGAAGACCGGCGUGGACGAUUUGCAGUUUUCCUGGCAGAGCCGCACGACGUACCCGCUUCCUUACACCAUCUCGGUGCACUACGACGACGACGAGGGCGCCCUGCAGCACCCGGAGCUGAACAUCCCGAGCAGUGGCAUCAUCCCGAUGGCGGUCGAGACGUUUACGGUUCAUCUGGUGUGCUCCGGCAACGUGACGAAGGAGGUUCCGGUCGGGAUUCACCUGCGCGUCGAGGGCCCACCCAAGCAAAACGAUACAAAAUUGAUUAUCAGGCGAAAUAAAAUUUGCAUUAAAGGUGUCUACCCGCCCCGCCAGCGCAUGCCGGCCGCUGAGAUCGCACCCCCGCAGGGACCGGCCCUGCUGGGUGCCGCCGCCUGUGCCCUCGGUCUCGUGCUCGUGGUGGGACUCAUCGCCAGCGCCAUGUACGUGCGGGCCCGCAAGCAGAUUCGCCAGGAUUCGCUACACACCAGCUUCACCACCGCUGCGUAUGGCAGCCAUCAGAAUGUUUUCAUCCGUCUGGAUCCCCUGGGGCGGCCUCCGAGUGCCAACAGUGGCUCGUACGCCACCAUUGCCAGCCUCAACAAAUAUCCCAUCAGCGAGUCGAAAAAAUCAUGGUUCCGCAGCACCCCGUCACCGUCGCCGUACGCAACGGCCCUGCUCCCGUUGAACCAUGGCCACAGCAACGGCGGGCUGGCCACGACGGAGUCCGUGUACGCCAAGCCGGAAUCGGUCUGUCCAUCCCGGGUGUCCUAUUACGCCUCGUCGCAACUCACGCAGGUGUACAGCCUCUCGACGCCGGCCCGCAGUAUCCAUAGCAAUGGGUCGAACCCGAAGGAUAAGCUGCGCCGGAUUGCCGUCUCGCCGGACACCGUCCUCUGCCAGCAGCUGGCCCAGGAGGGCACCUACGGGCGCAUCUUCUACGGCGUGCUGCACCAUCCCCUCGGCGAAACGAGGGACGUCCUCAUCAAAACGGUCGUCGAUGGAGCCUCCCUCAGCCAAGUGGCCUAUCUGCUGUCGGAGGGAUCGACGCUGUGCGGGGUGUCCCAUCCUAACAUUCUGUUCCCGGUGGCAGCUGUCACCGAGCUUUCGGGCCCGCCAAAGGUGGCCUACCCGCUGGCGACCAAGGGAAACCUCAAACUAUACCUCCAGAGUUGCCGGGAGAUCGGGCUGCAGGGCACGGGUCUGUCGCUCAGCACCCGACAGCUGGUGGAUUUUGGCCUGCAAGUGGCCCGUGGCAUCUCGCAUCUUCACUCGCUCGGCGUCCUGCACAAGGACAUCGCCACCAGGAACUGUGUGCUCGACUCGGAGCAAAACGUACGUGUCUGUGAUAACGCGCUGUCGCGUGACAUCUUUCCGGCCGAUUACCACUGCCUCGGCGACAACGAGAACCGACCGAUCAAGUGGAUGGCGCUGGAAACGCUGGAGAAGAAGUUUUACACCGCCUCCAGCGACAUCUGGAGCCUGGGCGUGCUGCUGUGGGAGCUGGCCACGCUGGCGGCGAUGCCGUUUGAGGAAGUGGACUCGUUCGAGCUGGCUGCGUACCUUCGCGAUGGCUAUCGGUUAGCGCAACCCGUGAACUGCCCGGAUGAGUUCUACACCGUAAUGUCCUGCUGCUGGCUGGCGGACUACAAGCAGCGUCCGUCGUUUCCGCAGCUAAUUGCCUAUUUGCACGACUUUCACGAGGACCUGGGCAAGUACGUCUAGCGUGUCAAACGGUGAUUUGAGUCCGGGUCCUCCGUACUGGAGGUGGAGUUGGAGCUGGAGAACGACCACAACCGCAACUAGUUUUGGCUGGACACAAUGCUGAUGAUGACGGACGGACGGACGUGUGGUGAUGGUGCAAGCGUCACACGAUGGUUACCUUUUUUUUACACACACUCAAGAUGAACAAAAAAUAAACCAACAAAAAAGUCGGAAAAGUACACGCUAAUUUAGGUGCAGCUCCGGGGAAAUGACAGUUACCAACACGUUGACACAAAAGGAAUGUAGAGUAGAGAAGCCACUGCUGGAUGGAGAAGAGUAAAGUGAGUUAAGUGCAUUUAAAUACUUUUGAAAGUCAGGAGUUUUGCACUGCCAGUGUGAGAAAGAGAUUAAAAUGGAAAAUCGCAACAGAUUUUGAAAAAGGUGCAAUAAUGGAUGGAAUGAAGUGCAAAUGUGAUUUAAAAUCUAGCUGUAGCUGUCCUAAUUUAAUUCUUAUAUUGAUUUAUUUUUUAUUUCCAAUUCUUUGAGAUUUCGGUCACUCGAUUUUUUUUGUACCUUUUUAUAUUGAAUAUUUUGCCCUUUUAAAAUGUUCGUAUUGAUUUAAAUUUUUUGAAAAUAUUUUUUUCAAAAAGAUCGGAAAAUUUCACGAAUGUUUCAUAUUUUAACAUUGUAAAUCGGACCAUUAGUUGCUGAGAUAUCGACGUUAGAAAAUUGUGGGUUGUUUGAAUGAGAAUUAGAAAACAUGAAUUUUCAUGGCAUUUUCUCAGCAACUAAGGGUCGUAUCAACAAAGUUCAAAAAGGCAAAAUAUAAUGCAUUUUCUCAGCUUUUAAAAAAUAUUUUUUUCAAUAGUGGGCAAACAUGUGCACUAAUUUAAAAAAAAUGAAAAACUGCGACUAUUUUCAAAAAAGUUACCUAAAAAUUGCCUUAACUUGAAAACGGUGCACUUUAUCAAAAUUUCACUAAAGUACUUAUUGAAUGCAAAUUUGAUUUUACAUCGAAAAAUGAAGUUGAAAAUUUUUUGCGACCAAUAUUUCGAUUUUUUGAAGAAAUUAGUAUUGAUUCAAAAAUUCAUAUCUCGGUCAAAGAUUUUUUGCACAACCUUUCUGAAAAGUUGGCAUUUUAUGUCCUCUAAAACAUAUAAAAAAUAAAAAUAGUGUUUUUUGCAAAUCAAGUUUAAGUGACAAAAAGUUAAAUAAAAAAUUACUAAUUUUUUUUACCGUGUAUCAAUUUUUUUCAGUGUAGUCCGUAUCCAUUCCUACUACUUUGCCCAAGACAGCUGCCAAAUUAGUAUGCAAAUUUAUAUGAUGAAAAAUGGCGCCUUUGGGCAUACCGAAGGCAUUAAAAUAGUUUCAAUCGGGUUAAAAAAUACAAAAAUUAAAAUUUUUAAAAAAAUACAAAUUUCGUAGAAAAUUGCUCUGAUUUUUAUCUACGGUUAUUUAUUCAUAUUUUUAACAAAAAAAACCUAUUGAAUAUAAUUGACUGGAAAUAAACACUGCAAUUUAACUUAUGAAUUUUCUUUUCAUAAAAAAUGCAGUACUAGACGCUUUAGCAAACCUAUUUAACAUUUAUGAUUCUUAUUUGCAAAAGUGCAUGCAAAUGUAUGACAAAGUUUUGGAUUGGUUUUAUGGCUUCGGAAAAAUUGUUAUAAUGAUUUCAAAGUUAGGAUGAUUUUUUCCUUUUUAAAAGUUGCCUAAAUCAAAAUACUUUCUUUUGUUUUAUUAACCUUCAAUUAACCUUCCUUUAUGAUUUUAUGUAAUAACUUACUUCCAGCAGUAAAAUUUACCAGAAGGAUUGGUUUUGGUCAGAAUAGAGUUUUUGGGAAGUACCUGUUUUAAGAAAGACAUAGUAAUACUCUGCCUGUAUAAACAUUUUGGUCAGAUCGUCUAUUAUACAUUUGAUUGUGAUCAAUCACAUUUUGUUUGUUUAAAAUAUUUUUAAACUUUGAAUCUGAAAUAUUUUCCUAAUUGAGAAAAAAAUGUAGGAGGAACAUUUCACUAAUCUGAAUUUCAAACAAAAAAAAAACAAACAUUUCUUUAUCAAAUAAACGGCACAACUUACAUUCCAUUGCUGUUCAGAAAAAAGAAAGGGCAUUUUUGAAGAUUUCUUAAACACUUAUAAAAUUUGUAUUAUGUUCAUAUUAUGAAAAAUUUAAUAUUCAUCGAUCAAUAAUAUCUUUUAAAAAAAUGGGACAAUUGUAAGAGCUCUACAUAUUGAACAAAAUUGAAGUUGUCAUUUUGGAAGUUUGUAUAUUAUCUUUUUUAUGAUGUAAUUUGUAAUGAUGACAUUACAACAGAAAAGUGAUAAAAUUACACAUUUUCAGAGGUAAAAUUAAAUAUUUCUGACAUACAUAAAAAAUGUACCCUUUCCAGAUGUUAAAUUACCAUGAUUUUUUUACUGUAUUGCUCUAGCGUAAUUUAGGACAAUAAACCAAAAAUAUGUUUUGUAUGUAAAAUUGCUUGCAAAGUUCAUCGUUUUGCGUAUAUUUGAGUACAGUUGUUAUAUUUAACUGUGUGGAAUUACUUUUUGUAACAAAAAUUUAUAGAAAAAAUUAAGUUUUAGAGAAAUUAUUUGAUAAAUCCGUCGAAAUUGUUCACCAAAAUGAACUUUUCUUGCUUUUUAUUAGGCCGAUGCAAAUAUUUUUCAAAGUUGUUUAAAUCAACCAAAACGUGCUAAAAAUGAUUUAAAACACAGCAGAAUACAUUUUAAAUCAAUUUCAGCUGUUUACGUCUAAAAUUCCAAUGCAAUUUUGAAGUUUUUUAAACAUUUUUUUUUUGCUCCUAGAUUUUUCAGGCCAACUUUCAAGGGGGAGAGAGAGGUGGUGACAAAAACUUUAAAUAAAAUUUUUACCAGCCUUAUACACCCAAAACUGACAGCGCUAGUCCGAGAGAAUGAUGGUCUCGAGUCGAUAGAAUAGUGGUACCAUUCACGAACGCAGAGAACACAGCUCGAGAUGGGCGAUAGAACUAUUCUCUCGAGGUUCAUUUGCAAAAAAAGUUCAUCCGUCAAACAAAAAACCAAAAGUGUCGGCAACGGGAAUCGAACCAGAGACCUUUGACAAACCAAUCCAAUGACUUAGCUGCCUCGGCCACCACAGCUUGGUGACCAUGGAGAAGUCAGAAGUCGAUGUAUGACACUUGUUGGAGAUUUAUUGAUUCAACUAACGAAUGAACACAUUUGUUAUGAUGGUGUUAGUUGGUACCAUUAUUCUAUCGAUUUUGGCACUGAGCCCUCAAUAAAUUUUGAGAAAACGAUUAUCUCGAUUCUGAAUUUUGGGUGUAGCAAUCAAAUUUUCUUUAAAUUAUUUUUGCUAAGAUUUUUUCAUCAAUUUAAAAAAUAUUUGUUAGAUAGCACUUGAUUUAACCCUUUCAGGCCUGAAUUUUCAAAAAAAUAUUUUUUUAGUCAAUGAUGGAAAAAUGAUUCUUAUGACCAUACGAAAAUUAUAGGCUAGUUUUGGAAAUUUUGAUAUUUGGGUCAUAUAUGACCCAUCAGGCUCGAAAGGGUUAAAGAAAACAAAUUCAACUGUGCGACCUAUGAACACUAUGAUCUAAUUACUUUAUGAUCUGUUAUAUUGAACAGAUCAAAAGAUAAGAGUAAAGUUUUCAAAAAAAAAAUAACUGCCCAUUGAUUACAUAGUUAUCCAAAUGUUUUAAGUAGUAAUUAGGAGUUUCCUCAUUUUGGAACAUUAUUAUUUAAAAUAAAUUAAAAAUAUUACAAAACAUUAAUAUUAAGAUUAAUGCGUUAAGUAUUUACGUUUUUUUUAAAUUUAAAGUGACAUUGAACUUCAUUUAAUAUCUUUAUUAUGUACUCAAAAGUUCAUAAAUUAAUUUCAAGUUAUGUUAAACUACAGCGAUGACAAAUUAUCUUAAGAAAAAAAAACCAUGUUUAAAUUCAAGAAAACACUCUUGUUUGAAAAAUACAUAAUAAAUUCGUUGAAAGAUCUAACAAAAUAAAUAUUAAGCAAUUCUAUAUGAAAGUUGAAACUCACAAUCUUAAAACAGCCCAAAAUUGUUCAGGAGGUUGUUUGGUCAAAAAGUAUGACUUGGGUUUUUUUUUGACAAAAUUCGAUUAGUUUGAUUUUAUUUAAAGUUUCAUGUAAAAAUCUGCUACAUAAAAAAAAAACAUUUAAAAAGCCAAAUGGAAAUAGUAGUCACAGUUAACGGAAAAAGAAGUCUAAUUAACAUAAAAUAAAUUGAAAUGCAUUUUUUCUACGUUUAGAAUUUUAUUUCACAUUAUUGGGAUAGAUCAAACAAAUUUUAAUUUUUAGAAAUCCUGCUAUACAGUACUGCAAAAAGUUUUUUUUAGUGCAAAAAAAAAUCGACACUUAGAUAUUUUGUAAACUAACAAUUGAAAAACAACUAACGAAGUUGACUUUAUAGCUGUCGGCCACCAUUGCUAGUACCAACCACUAGUGUCUUCCUUUUAACUACAAGGACUUCGCCGCCCUGGGCUCUUAAGUGUUUGAGUACGGCACGGAGCGACAACGCCGGAUACCCACCCAUAUUUACACAAAGAAUUUUUAGAGUGCCCGCCGUUGGAUUCGAACCAGCAACCUCUGGAUUGUUAGUCCAGUGGGCGGUCCGAUUGAUCCACACGGGCGGGACGAAAAACAACUGGGCAACUGUAAAAGGCAUCUAAAACACUUUUUUCAUUCAAGUCAAAAAACCAUGGCUUGUUGUUUAAAUUUUUAUAUAUUUUUAUUUUUAUCUUGCUAAUAACUUUUCAUUUUAGUCAAAGGGAACUUAAAACGGUUAAAACGACGAGUUGUCACAAAUUUUUUUUUUGAAAAUUGUUAAUUUGAAAGUUUAAAAAAAAAGCCUAAUUAUUUGGCCAAGGAAUCUCCUGACUUAUUUGUUGAGCCAUGUUACAAUGUUGAGUUAAAAUAUGAAAUGGAAUCGCUGUUUUAUUAUUUCGUAUAUUUUACAUCAGGUUCUUCAUAUGUUCCAUGAUCCCUCUAGUUUUGUUAUAUUGCAAAGAAAAAUAAGUUUGAGUAUUUUUCUGACAUUUGCACUUCUUGUUCCAUUUCAUCCUAAUUAGGUAAAGAUUGUUAGCUAUAAUAGACAAGUUUGUUAUGAAUGGUACGUAAGUGAAGCACACAACAAAGUCAGUUUGUGAACCGUGAAGUGAAUGAUAUUUUUUUCCUCCCAUCUCGUAAUGUCGAUAAGCCGUAAAUUGUGUAAAACUUAACAAUAAUUGUUAUAUUGUAGAUAAGCCAUACACAUUAUACAUAGAAAGUGAGAACUAAAAAAGUGCAAGCGAAUCGCGCUAAACUGCCAUAAGUUGAGAUUGAUAGGAAGAUAGUGGAGCUGAAGCGGAUAAAAAAACAAAGCAAAACAAGCAACAAAACCAAAAAACAUCAAUUAGAGAUGCGACUACUAGUUUUAAAUUAGUGCAAAUGAGCGAAAGUUGAGAAGCGCAAACAUAAGACAACACACACAAACAAAAAAAGAGAGAGACAAAUAGAUAUAUAUUUUUGUUACGAAUAAAAUUUUUAUAAGCCGAAAACUUGAGGUAAAAAAAAUCGAAAAAGUCAGUCGAAACAAACAAGGGAAAAUAAAACAAACCAAAACGCUGUUGGUUGGUAGAGAUAUUGUUAAAGCGAAUUAUUUAGCCUUGGGCAGAAAGUUUUGUCCUGCCGCUUCCAAGGAAAAGCUUCAAACCGGAUGUUUGAACCUCCCCCCGCCCCUCGCCACCAGUUGAGCGUUUCGGUAGUUGCUCGUCACAAGGUGGGGGUGGAGUGGGAGCUUUUUUUACGCGAAAACGAAAACUUUUAUGCACACAAAUUAAAACCACCCACGUGGAACCCAUUUUCGCCUGGGCCCAGGUCCAACGCUUGAACAAACUCUCUCUACUGCUACUACUGCUAACUGCCACUACUGUGAGGAAGGGGUGAGGUGUCAAUAGUUGAACUGUUUACGUCAAACUUUGUAUUUUUAAGUUGAAAUUAAUUUUAUACUCAAAUAAAAUGUUUCUUUGUUUUUUUUAUUUCUUGGGAAACUUUAACCAAAUAAUAAGCUUCAAUGAGUGUUUUAAAGUUCAUUCACCAUAACUAGAAUAAAAAUUAUGUUUCUCAAAGCUACAUUUUUGCAACAAUAUUGCUGAGAAAUCUUUGUUUUCCAUUUGUAUCACGAGAAAGUGAAUGCUAGACAUGAAUACUUCAAUAUUUUCAAAUAACAAAACUAGUUUCAUACUUUUUAUUGCAAAAUAAGUUAACGACUUCCAUCAUUGCUAUGAGUUUUUGUUCAACGAUAUGAAUUUUGCUUCGUUUACAAUAUUUUCACAAAAUUCCUUCUUCAAAUUGUUUAGAAAAAUACCCUACACGUGUUGAUACUUUUUGGUAACGCUUUCCCUCUUCCUUGUACACUUAUGAACAUCAUCAUUUGUUAAUAAUUCGUCAGCGCACCUGCCCUGAUCUCUUUGAUUUUUUUUUUUGCAUCAUUGUGUGGAGAUGUUUUUAUCUGUUUGCCCUCCACCGGUCAUCUUGGCUAACCUUCGCCCAGGUUGGUUUCACACGAAUCUCCUUUCCCGCCAUACUGCCAACCCGCUCCUAAAUUGGCACUCUGUUCCAUUUUCAUAAGCUCCGACUGUGAUAACCGUGACUAGAAAAAUAGAAAGGAAGGAACUGAUGGUCAAAAAGUUGAAAAUCCUCCGGAAAUUAUCAACACUCACCUCAAUUUCGUCACGAAUUCAGUUUGUGUUUCCAACAAAUGAAAACAAGUUUUUCACCUGUCAUACAGUUUAGUUUCUUUGAUCAUAGUGACCGUUUUGAUAAAAAGGCUAUACUUUAAUCCUGAGGUUAACCCUGGAAAAACCACUUGACUUAAACCACUUAUAACUAAGCCAGUUCUACUCAGAUCGUUUCGCGAUGUUCUACAAAGUUGUUACUCAUAAAAAAAUCUAUAAACAGCUCGCACAAAAUUUUAUUUGGUUCUAUUUUGGAUUUUUAGAUCUAAUCUAAUCUAAUCUAAUCAGACCCUAGCGCAGCCAAUCUUUCGAAGGGAUCCUGGAGAGUGCCUUAGGUUAGAUGACGCCUAGCACUCGUCUUGUCAUUUAUUAACAUUUGUAGUGCGCCAUUGCAUUAGAAUGCAUUGAAACAUCACAAGUGUUAAAGCGGCCAGGCCUACUGCGUAAAGCCGUAUCGCAGAGAUGGCUCGUAAUUGGGUUGAGUUUGAGCACAGAGUGUUCGAACAACAACACAAUUCUGAAUCGACAGGGGAGGAAGAAGCGUGGGGACACACCACCAUACGCUCCGAGAUUUUGGUUGUAUUCGUUGGGAGCACCAUGCUAAGAAGGUUUGGUACUCCGGGACCCGCUGGGAUGAGACAUUGUAUUUCCACAAAUGCCCUGGACACUAUUUGCCGUGGUUAUAGCGCCACAACUCGCUCUUGGUUCAAUUUUGGAUUUUUAGGGCAACAAAGUGUAAAAAGUGUCGUUUUCCCCAUACUAACGGAUCCAAAAUCCAAUACAAAAUUGAAAUCGAGUGGGCAUCUCGAAUUAUUAACAAUAAAAAAAAUCGAACCAAACUUACCAGAUUUCUAGCUUUCUUUGAAAUAACCCCAAAAACCAAGCUGGAAACCCCGAUACGACCGAAAAUAAAUCUUUUCUUUGUACAAUUUGUCAUGAAAUUACAGCAACACAUUGCCCGGAUACAAAUUUGAGCAUUAAACAAUGCAAAACAUGGAUUAUUUAUUUAAUAAGCUGUUUAUUACCCAAUAUGUUCCGAAAAUUAUUUUUCAGAUAGUGCCCAUCACGUGAAAGGUAAUUAAACUAAGAAAUUUUGGAGUAAGGCUCUAUUUAUUUCAGGAAAUUUGGCUAUGCUUAUAUUGAACCAAAACUGAUAUUUUUUUAUGGAACUUGUUAACAAAAAUGUUUUCUGCAAUGUGAUUGAUUCUAAAAUGUUUUAAAACGUAAUGGUGUAAUGUGGCAGAGGCCUGAAAAAAUAUUUUUUGGAGCCUAUUGGGUAGUAAACAGCUUAUUUAAUAAAUAAUCUAUGUUUUGCAUUGUUUAAUGCUCAAAUUUGUAUUUGGGCAAUGUGUUGCUGAAUUUUCAUGACAAAUUGUACAAAGAAAAGAUUUAAUUUCGGUCAUAUCGGGGUUUCCAGCUUGGAUUUUGGGGUAAUUUCAAUGGAAUCUAGAAAUCUGGUAAGUUUGGCUCGAUUUUUUUUUCAUUGGAGUUAAAAUAUUGGUCAGAUAUAGUUUGUUCGAGUCCCCAAGGUAUAUUGAUAAGAAAUUUGAGUGAUAUCAACAUAAAUGCACCGAUUUUCUGUGAUUUUUUGAACAAAUAUCCCAUGAAAUCGAAAAAAUAUUCUUCAAAAAAAAGUUGCUUUAGACCCCCCAACGAAAUAUUUCGAAAAACGAAACUAUUGGCACUACGCCCCCCGGGGCAUGGCCUUCCUCUAACGUGGGAUUUCUGCUCCAGCGCCUCUGACGAGACAGGAGAAACCGGGACCGACGUUUUACUUCACCAUCCGAUAGAAGCUCAGUGGAUAAGGCGGGAAUCGAACCCGCGUCUCAUAGCAUCAUCGGGAUCGGCAGCCGAAGCCGCUACCCCUGCGCCACGAGACCACGAAAAAUAUUUCGUUAUACCCCGCAAAUUGUCGGGAAAGAUCCCUUCUUUCAUGGUGUCAAAUAUCAGACAUACCGAAUUUUUCAUCAUUAGUUUGUUCUAAAAAACACUCCGUGAUUUCCUUUGUUAGUCUUUGACCUCUUUUUGGUAUGAGGCAACGACUUCGAGAUACAGUGAUUUUUAAAUAAUGAAAUGCGAAAAUAUUGAAAACACUUACGCCUUUCUCAAAUGUCAUUAUCGAGUGAAACUGGCUAACAUAAGCAUUGGAUAACAUGUCUACAAAGUUUCAUUUAAAUCGGAGAGUGUCGAGAAAAAAAUACGUAAAAAUUGUUUUGGUGUGGAAUUGCUUUUUGGUAAAAACAAACUAUAAGUAAAAAUGAUCAUUCAAUUGAGGAAAGUAAGUCAUAGAGUGAAAAUUAUUCUUUUUUUGAUUUUCAUUCAUUUUAUAAAAGAAAUCUUCAAUUACUAUUUAUCACGUUUUGGGUGAAUAUUCUCUUUUUAAAUUAUUCUAAAUUGCCUAAAUGUAAAAUAACACGUUACACAAUGGAUCAUAAAAUUUAAACGUUUCAUGAAUCCAUUUCAUCUUUUUAAACUCUCAAAAGUUAAGAGUCAUUAUUGUGUUUUAGAUAGUCAGCAUUAGUAGAAUAUGAUCAAAACUUAAUUAUCGUAUCCUUAUAAGGCAAUUAUUAAUUUAAAUUUCAGAUUUUAGCAACAUUUCAUUGGAAUUAAAAAAAAAUCAUAAUACAGUGGACUCUCUCGUUGUAGAUAUUGAAGGGACCGAAGCAAUCUAUUUGAAGGGACUGAUAAAUUUAUUGACAACUGGAGCAAUAUUGAUAUUGAGAAGAUCGACAGCCAAUCAAACUAGAUCACUCCUUUUAAAUAUUCUCAACGCAGAAAACCGCAUUUAAGAUUGUUUAGGUAAAAAAUUUAAGUUUUUGAAAAAAAAAACUAUCGUUGUCUUCUGAUUUUUCGGACUGGCAAAAACUUUGAAAAAUGUUUGAAAUUGCAUUACAGUCAUCCCACAUAUUCGGAACACCCACAAAUUCGGAACACUUUUGUGGUAAUUUGUCGAUAGGAUGCAAAAUGCAACUUUUCUGUCGUCCCUGCUAUUUUUAGGACCUUUAUUUGGACAUUCUCUUGCAGUUUCACUAGUAAAAAUAGUACUUUUUGAGCAAACCUCAUUUCAAGACUAUUUUAUCCAGAGCAGCAAAACACUGCCUCCAAAUUGCCUGUUCCAUAAUCGUGGGAUGUUAUUGUGUGGGAGGCACACAAUUGUGGAACACCUGAAUUUAAUUGAUAUUUUCACUAAUAAAAAUAUCAGACCAUGUUUAAACCAUCACUAAGCAUGAGUUUAGACUCGGUCCGAAAAGGACCUAAUAAAAAUAAUUUUAUGAAAAAAAAUAAGCAUAAAUUUAAUGGUUUCAGAGUGUGAAGUAUUUUUUUUUUGUAAAAAAGAGGAGAGAAGAAAAAAAUAGUUUGUUUACAUCGUAAGAAAAAAGUGUUCCAAAUUUGUGGAUUUCAAGGGUCAAUGUUUUUCUUUAAAAACUUGAUAUAAAACGUAAACAUGUACAGCAAGUCUAUACAGUAUGUAAAAAAAGUAUUUACACCCCUUGGGUACUAUGCACAUUUUGUGAUGAAACAUGUAAAAAAUUUAAAGUUUGACAGGAACCUAGUACUACGUUUUGUUCAGAAACUCAUGCCAAACAUUUUGCUACAAAAAGCUCAUGAAAAGAUGAAUUAUAUAAAAAGUUAUAUAACAAAUUCUAUUACGAAAAUAAAAAAGGUGCAAAAAAAGUUUGUACACCUUUCGAAAAAUUAACAUAAAUAAUGUUAUUUGUUGACAAAUCACCAUAAAUCCAGUCUCCCAACUCCAAAUAGGCAUCCUUGACUGAUUAAAAAAAUAAUUUGGAUUGAAUAUAAAAUUUACUAACUACUUAGUAUAAAAGUUUAAAUAACUCUGGAAAUUCUAUAUAAAACUUAUCAAAACUUAAUUUUGCAAACUUUUAAUUCAAAUAAAUGUCAAUAUAUUACCAUAGAAUUGCUAAAUAAACAUUUUGGAGUGGGCAUAACACCGUUUUGGGGGUAUUUGUAUCGAUAGAAUAGAUUUUUCGUUGGAAUUUCGUACCAACCCGGAAUUACGUCGUCGGAAAAUCCGCCGGCAUCCGAACCGGUCCACAAUUCACAAGUCAACCUAUGUGGCAUCGGAAAGGGCAUAAAAUUUCCGAUCUUCUGAUACCCAUACAUCCAGGUUUUCUAUAAAACCUACGUUUUUAAAUACCUAGGUAAAAACGUUGUUAUGGUUUCGUUUGAGCAACCUGCCAAAAAUGUAUGGAAUUUCGUAAUUUUUGUUCUCGUGGAUCAAACUUACUUUUUGCCCAGGUAUUUAAAAACGUAGGUUUUAAGGAAAACCUAGAUGUAUGGGUAUCAAAAGAUCGGAAAUUUUAUGCCCUUUCCGAUUCUACAUAGGUUAACUUGUGAAUCGUGGACCGGUUCGGAUGCCGGCGGAUUUUCCGACGACGUAAUUCCGGGUUGGUACGAAAUUCCAACGAAAAAUCUAUUCUGUAGAUACAAAUACCCCCAAAACGGUGUUAUACCCACUCCAAAAUGUUUAUUUAGCAAUUCUAUGGUAAUAUAUUGACAUUUAUUUGAAUUAAAAGUUUGCAAAAUUGAAUUUAGAUUAGUUUUAUAUUGAAUUUCCAGAGUUAUAUAAACUUUUAUACUAAGUAGUUAGUAAACUUAAUAUUCAACCCAAAUUAUUUUUUCAAUCAGUCAAGGAUGCCUAUUUGGAGUUGGGAGACUGGAUUUAUAGAGUUAUCUACGUGCGCAUGUAUUUCGUGUACGUACACGAAAAAGAUUGAGGUUAAAUUUUGUACCAGCCAGCAAAAUAAAUGGACUGCUAGUGUGUGUGAGAUCGGGCUUAGAUAACUCUAUGGUGAUUUGUCAACAAAUAACAUUAUUUAUGUUAAUUUUUCGAAAGGUGUACAAACUUUUUUUGCACCUUUUUUAUUUUCGUAAUAGUAUUUGUUAUAUAACUUUUUAUAGAAAUCAUCUUUUCAUGAGCUUUUUGUAGCAAAAUGUUUGGCAUGAGUUUCUGAACAAAACGUAGUACUAGGUUCCUGUCAAACUUUAAAUUUUUUACAUGUUUCAUCACAAAAUGUGCAUAGUGCCCAAGGGGUGUAAAUACUUUUUUUACAUACUGUACAUCAAUCGAAAGAUCGCAAGAAAAGCUUUCACAUGAAGGAAAAAGCAAAUCAUAAUGUUCAUUCAUCGAUUUUCUAUGAUUUGUUGAACAUUGGCAGAUCUGCAAACUGUUCCGAAUAUGAGGGAUAACUGUAAUCGAAAAUUAAAAGAUUCUUGCGGUCUGAAUCUGCAACUUUUUUUAUUUUUAUUUUUUUUUUUGCUUUUUGAUUUCUUUUGAAUACCCACGACUCAGGGCGGUUUUAAAAACAACCAAAACAAAUAAAAUUUUUUUUCCUGGAUUUUUGAAAAACUUAUAUUUUUUUUCUACGUAUAUUCAAACAUAAAAAGACGUUUCAGCCUUUAAAAAAGUCCCUUACAAAUUUCUCAAAAAAAUCACAAAGCAGUACAAGUACUGCAUAAAAUUUAAAUUUUAUUUGAAAAAGCUCUACAACUAAUUAUAAGCUAUUAAAAAUUCUUUGGUCAAUGUAUAUUUUUGCAUUUCUGGACAUUUUUGGAUACACAGGCACGGUUACCAGGUCAAAAUUGAAAGAAAAAUCUUACCUAGCUUAGAAAAAAUCUGGAGAAUUUGGCAGACGCAAAUCUAAAUGGGAAGGGUAAGAAUUAAUUUGAUUUUUUGAAAAAAAAAAUUUAGAAUUCUUAUCGUUGAAUUUAUGUUUUCCCUAAAUCAAUACUAACUAAAUUUAUCGUUUUUAAUUGAACUCCUUCAUUUGAAGAAGUUCGAUCUGACACUUGAAAAUCCUGCCAUUUAUCUUUAUCUGAUUUAUCUGCCACCUGGCAACCACUGGUUGGAAGAAUACAUAAAACAUAAAAAAAAUAAAUAUUUUGAUAAAUACAUUGAAAUUUUGCAAAUUUUCGGUAUAUACAUAACUGCAAAGCAUUUUGUGGUACUCUCAGCUUCAUAAUUUUGAAAAAUAUGCUUGAAAUUUGAAAUUAUGAUUUUUUCCUACCCACUCCCCUCCACGACAUAUAGACAGACAAUAAUUUUAAUAAUUUUAAUUUUGAUUUGAAAAUCCAGUGAUAUUCAAAACAAUUUAAAAGUUUAAGUUUUUGACAUUUAUCAGAAAAAAUUGCCUACUUUUUAUAUAUUCUGAAAAUUGGCAUUGUCUUAAUUGUAAACACGUUCUAAAAUUUUUAAAAAUUGAAAAAUUGAUCAAAAACUGUGUUGAAAAAUAAAAAAUCCUAAUAAUGAAAAAAAUCAAAGUGUCUUUAUAUAAAAAAUUGAUUGCACCCAACAUUACAAAUCAACUAUUGCCAUUUCAACCCUUAAAAACUGCUACUACUACAACUACUACCACCACCACGCCACUAGUCUCGCUUAACUCGCUUUUUGCCUCCGUUUGCCAGUUUCUUUUGUGAAAAUUUAUUGUUUUUCCCACGAGGAGGGAGAAACAGAAACGAAAGAAAACCUCGCCACUAAACUGCUGCGCGCACACACCGCUUUGCUCGUAAUUUCUAUCUUUCAGCUCUGUAAAUAUUACCCAAGAAGUCAUGGAGGUUACCGACGCAAAAAAAAAGUUUAACUUUAAAAGAAAAACUUUGCUUGUGCAAAGAGUCGAGCACUGCAAACCUUAAAAACCGGAAAAAACGGAAGCUACAGGGUCAAGAUAUAAGUUUUAUUUUUCUAUAAGCGAUACUUUGCGACAAAAAAACGGAAGUUUAUUUUUCUCCGCGAAACUGAAACCGAAUUUAUGUUGAAAACUUUUCGCAAAAAAAACGUCAAAGAAAAGGCAAGCCGUCAAUUAGAAGCUCGCUCGCUUGGUUCAGUUGUUAAUGGAUUAAUUUGUUUGAGAAACAAAAAGUUUAAGUCCAAGCUGUCGCAUUUCUGUCGAGAUGAAAGCCAUUAUUUUCAAAUCUAGCACCUAACGCAAAGCAGCCAAAUUUGAAACGUUAAAUUAGACGCGCAAAAAAUCUGUGAACUUACUGCCAAAUCGAAGUUUCACACAAACAAACACACACUCACACAAAAUUUACUGUAAACUGCUAAACAAACUAACUUACUGUAAUUUUCGAAUUUUUCUAAUCCAUACAAAGUCGAAGAAAAGGAAGAAGAACUAAAAGAGCAAAAAGCAUAACGUAAGAUCAAGCCUACUUAAGAAGUCGAUGUUAUAUCUGUCAUUUUUCGAUUUAUACGCUUUAAUCUUUACUCUGUCUCACACGAACAAAAACUAACACACAAACUCACACAAAGAGCAGAUACAAAAAAACCCGGAAAAAAUGUCUCAAUCGAACAAAAGGGAUGUUUCGAGUGAACGAAAAAAAAAGAAAGACAAAGAAGAAAAAACGUUAAGCCCCCUCGGCCGGGGUUGUGCGAACAAGAUGUAAAACGAAAAUCAAAAAUAAAGAGAAAAGAAUGCAAAAGUCA